AUAAUUGAGGUCUCAGAGCGUUAACCGACCCACGACUCCAUAAAAUUGCAGCCCCAUCUCGUCCUUCGUUUUCUUCUCGCCGUGUCCCUAUUCUGGGAACUUUGUUUUAAGGUUCUAAGCGUCCCAUAAUCAAAGUUUAGCUUCUCGCAGCUGUGUUUCUUCUUCUUUCCAUGUCGGUAGGCUUAUCCACCGCCUUAGCUCCUAAACCCUUCCGUCCACUCGCAUCCUCACACCACGCGCCGAAGCCAACCCCAAUUCUCCACCCUUCACUAAAGCCAACAUGCGGAGCUCGAAGGAAGAGGAGCUUCACCGUUCGAUUUGUGGCCGAGAAAGAAGAACAGAAGCAGACUGCGCCUAAUGUUCCCCAGAUCAUAGAACAAGGAUCCGAUGAUGUCAUCGACCGUCAGAUCUUGAUACCGGCGCGUGUGACUGAGAAGUUAGCCAGGAAGAGAUCCGAGAGGUUUACUUACCUCGUCGCUGCCGUUAUGUCCAGUUUUGGGAUCACUUCCAUGUCUGUCAUGGCCGUUUAUUACAGGUUUUGGUGGCAAAUGGAGAAGGGAGGAGAAGUGCCUCUUUCUGAAAUGUUUGGUACAUUUACUUUAUCAGUCGGUGCCGCUGUGGGCAUGGAGUUCUGGGCUAGAUGGGCUCACCGAGCUCUCUGGCAUGCUUCAUUGUGGCACAUGCACGAGUCUCACCAUCGACCGAGAGAAGGAGCGUUCGAGCUAAACGACGUGUUCGCCGUAAUCAACGCAGUCCCGGCAAUCGCACUUCUGUCUUAUGGUUUCUUCAACAAAGGCCUUGUUCCUGGUCUAUGUUUCGGUGCUGGGCUCGGCAUUACAGUAUUCGGAAUGGCGUACAUGUUCGUGCACGACGGUCUCGUCCACAAGAGGUUCCCCGUAGGGCCGAUCGCCAACGUGCCUUACUUCAGGAAGGUUGCUGCGGCUCACCAGCUCCACCAUUCAGAAAAAUUCAACGGUGUCCCCUAUGGGUUGUUUCUGGGGCCUAAGGAACUAGAGGAGGUGGGAGGACUUGAAGAACUGGAGAAAGAGAUCAAUAGGAGAAUCAAAUCAAGCAAAGCGUCGUGAUUAU